AUGGACUGGGCUCCGGCCACCUGGCUCUUGGUCCUGGCGCGGCUGUGUGUCCUGCCCCGCCUCCGGGCCAAGCAAGCUCCUUCUCCAGUGACCGGUCGCUGCCCUCCGCCCACCGGCCCCGCACCGGGGUCAGGGGUCAAGUGCGGGGGGGUGCUGUCGGCCCCGGCGGGAAACCUGUCGAGCCCCAACUUCCCCGGGCGGUACCCGUACGACACGCGGUGCCUGUGGCUGGUGGUGGGGCCGCCGGGCUCCUCCCUGCUCCUCCGCUUCCUGCACGUGGACCUGGAGUUCCACGCCACCUGCCGCUUCGACGCCGUCGAGGUCUACAGAGGGGAGGCCGGAGACCCGGGAAACCUCAUCGGACGCUUCUGCGGCCGCGGCCCGCCGCCCCCGCUGGCCUCCGCCUGGCACGUCCUGGCCGUGCGCUUCCGCUCCGACAAGCACGUGGCCGGGCGGGGCUUUGCUGCCACGUACCGCCAAGAUGUCUGUGGCGGGGUGCUCAGCAGCCUCUCGGGGGUGAUCGCCAGCCCCGGGUACCCCGAGGACUACCCCAACGACGCCGAGUGCCGCUGGACCAUCCGCCCGGCGCCGCCCGCCCCCGUCAAGCUGGUGUUCGCCGACUUCCAGGUGGAGACCGACGCGGGCUGCACCUUCGACUACGUGGCCGUGCUGGACGGGUCCGCCCCCGGCCCCGGUCCGCCCCCCCGCCAUUGCGGCCACGUCCGGCCCGCCGACGUGGUCUCCCGGGGCCACGAGUUGCUCGUGGUCUUCAAGUCGGACUUCAACAUAGGGGGCCGCGGCUUCAAGGCCUACUACUUCUCCGGGCAGUGCCAGAAAGUAUUCACGGCGGUGAAGGGCAACUUCUCCAGCCCCCAGUACCCCAGCUCCUACCCCAACGACAUCAGGUGCCACUGGACCGUCCGGCUCCCGCCCGGCUACCACAUCCGGAUCUUCUUCCUGGACCUGGAUCUGGAGGGACGCGACGCCCUGACCGGAGGCUGCGACUUCGACCAGCUGGCCGCGUUUGAUGGGGGAGACCGGGCGGCCCCGCCGCUGGGGAAGUGGUGCGGGCGCGAGACCCCGGGGCCCGUCACGUCCAGCCAGAACCAGCUCCUGCUCGUCCUGAGCACGGACCGCAGCACGGCCCGCCGCGGCUUCUCCCUGGCCUACGUGGGAGUGGUGCCCAUGAACGUCAGCUGCACUCGCACCGACUUCCGGAUCGUGAUCGCGCAGCGGGCGCUGGCCCACCUGGACCGGAGCCACAUCUACCUGGGCAACCCCGGCUGUGCCGCCCAGCUGGCCGGCGCCACCUUCGAACUCCAGACCCGCAUCGACGCCUGUGGCACCGAGGCCCAGAGGAGGAAGAACCGGUCGGUGACGGUCGGCAUUCUGCACAUCGACUUCUCGGCCGGGCGGCGGGAGGACGUGCAGCGCUACGAGGUGCAGUGCGAGCCGCACCGGAAGGAGACGUCCGUGGCCCCGCUCUCGGGCCCCGGGGAGCCCCGGCGACCGUCCGAGUCCCGGGGUGGGGGCCCGCGCCAGGCCGGGGGUGGUCCGGGAGGAGGCCCGGGCGGAGGCCCGGCCGGGGGAAGGCCCGGCGCGGGCCUCCGGGACGCCAGCGACGUCGUCUUCGUGGGUGUCUGCGUCCUGGCGGGGGUCCUCGUGGUCACGGCCGUCGUGGGGUUGGCGCUGCUCUAG